AUGCUCUACGCAGGACAGGAUCGUGCUAAUUAUGAGGACGAUGGGGAUGAAGAUAUUCUGGGCAGGUUCUUUCCAGCAGCCCUCCAUUUGGCAUUUGAUUAUUACGCUCGUGGGAUGAGCGAUGAUAUGCAUGACCGCGUUUUUUAUUCGACAUUCCAAGUCAUGCCACUGCUGAUGUUCAACUCGCGACUUGCCAUGAAGAGCUCCCCUCAGUCCAGUCCGUGA